UUGCAGGCAUAUUUGUUGAGAUGCCUCGACAAUCAUUGAGACUCCGCGGUAGUAGGGCCGAGGAUGACAACCAGGUUCAAGACCCUCCAUUUGCCCCGCAGAAUUGGCAACAGAUGCUUUCCAAAAUGGAAGCAAGACUGCAACGAACAGAGGAAGAACUUCGACAGUUGAGACAGCAGGCUCCUCCACAGGUCACUGGGUUGCCAGUUAGCAGAUUGUAGCGCUAGUGCCGGUUCAACCUGUUGUGGAGAACAAGUGGGAACCUUUAUAUGAGAGGUUUAGGAAGCAGCAUCGUCCCACCUGUGAGGGUGGAUCAGACCCACUGGAGGUAGAGCAGUGGAUGGAUAUGAUUUCCUCUAUUCUGGAUUUUAUGAGGGUUGAGGGGAACGAGAGGGUAGCUUGUGCUAGCUACAUGUUCAGAGACGAUGCCCGCAUCUGGUGGGAUAUAGUGAUUCAGAGAAGGAAUGUGGUAGUUAUGACCUGGGAAGAGUUCAGAAACAUCUUCAACGAGAAAUAUUACAGUGUUGCAGUCCGAGCUGCAAGGGUUGAUGAGUUCAUAUUACAGUGUUACUGAGUAUGCUUUGAGAUUUGACUGAUUGGCGAAGUUUGCGCCGGAUUUAGCGCCGGCGGAUGCGGCAAGAAGGGACAGAUUUGUAUGGGGGUUGAAUGUUAUGAUCGCCCGUGAUGUGAAGAUCACUUUGGAUCCAGAGACUACUACCUAUGCUCAGGUUGUAGACAAGGCCCUUAUAGCUGAGGGGGCCGAGGACCAGAUUUCGAGAGAAAGCGCUAUUAGGCGCGAUGCUAGGAGGACAAUGCCUCCUUUUAUUGGAUCCAUUCGAGGUAGUGGCUCCAGUGAGCAGAAGAGAAAGGCCCCAAAUUCUUUUGUUCCUCCUAGCUCGGAUAGGAGGGCACAUGGUGCUUUUGGUGGCCGUCAGGGCGGAGGUGAAACUUGGAGGAGUUUCCCAGUGUGUCCACGGUGCAGACGACGACACCAGGGUGAGUGCAGGAUUAGGGCCUACUGUAUCUGUGGGAGUGCCAAUCAUCUGAAGAAUGACUGCCCACAAGCCAGGAAAGCAGAACCGAAGCAGGGUGACAGUCUCGCUCCUGCCAGAGUGUUUAGUUUGACUCAGAUUGAGGCGGAGGCUAGCCCCUCGGUUGUGACAGGUCAGAUUUCUAGUGCUGGGUUUUCUUAUACUGCAUUGAUUGAUUCGGGAGCUACUCAUUCAUUUGUGUCUGCUAGAGUGAUAGAUCAAUUAUGUAGACCUAGUGUUUUAUAUGCUAGGGGUUUUCAGACUUUGUUGCCAACUGGGGAACUGGUAGUCUCUAGGAGAUGGAUUAGAGCUUUGCCAGUAGAGGUAGAUGGUAUGGAGUUGUCUGUUGAUCUGAUUGAACUUCCGAUGGAUGACUUCAAUAUGAUCCUAGGGAUGUAUUGGUUAUCGAAGUAUGGGGCGACGAUUGACUGCAAGCGCAGGAUGGUGACUUUUGAACUAGAAGGGGAGGUACCCUUUGUAUUUGUGGGGACAGUUAGUGGAUCGCGAGUACCUAUGAUUUCAGCACUGAAGGCUAGAGACCUGAUGCAGGAAGGUUGCAUGGGAUUCCUAGCGAAUGGUGUGGAUACCUCUAGGGUUGUGUCGGUUGGACUGGGGGAGACCAGAUUGAUAUGUGAGUUUCAAGAUUUAUUUCCAGCAGAUCUGCCGGGGUUGCCGCCGCAGCGGGAGAUUGAUUUUGUUAUAAAAUUGGCGUUAGGGGCAGAGCCUGUAUCUAGGACACCUUACAGGAUGGCCCCAGCGGAGUUGAAGUAGUUGAAGAUUCAGUUGCAGGAAUUACUGGAUUUGGGGUUCAUUGGACCGAGUUUCUCGCCAUGGGGUGCUCUAGUGUUGUUUGUCAAGAAGAAGGAUGGAUCUCUUAGGAUGUGUAUUGACUACAGGGAGCUGAAAAAGUUGACCAUUAAGAAUAAGUAUCCACUGCCUAGAAUCGACGAUUUAUUUGACCAGUUACAGGGAAGAACAAUGUUUUCCAAGAUUGAUCUCCGAUCAGGUUACCACCAGUUAAGGAUUAAAGAGGAGGACAUACCAAUGACCGCUUUUCGAACUAGGUAUGGACACUAUGAAUUCCUGGUUAUGUCCUUUGGAUUAACCAAUGCCCCAACAACUUUUAUGGAUAUGAUGAAUAAGGUUUUCAAGGAUUAUCUGGCUAAGUUUGUGAUUGUGUUCAUCGACGACAUUCUGGUGUACUCUCAGUCAGAGACAAAGCAUGAGCAGUAUCUACGUUUGGUAUUGCAACGAUUAAGGGAGCAUAGGUUAUAUGCCAAGUUCAGCAAGUGCGAGUUCUGGCUAUCGCGAGUUACUUUUUUGGGCCAUAUCGUUAGUAAGGAGGGGAUUCUGGUUGCCCCAAGUAAGAUUGAGGCAGUGAGAGACUGGCCUAGACCGAGCAAUGUUCCUGAAGUGAGGAGUUUUCUGGGAUUGGCAGGAUAUUACUGACGGUUUGUUGAGGGGUUCUCCAGGAUAGGUACGCCAUUGACAGAACAGACAAAGAAGAAGACAAAGUAUGUUUGGAUAGACAGAUGUGAGAACAGUUUCAAAGAGUUGAAGUAGCGACUGAUCAUUGCGCCAAUAUUGAGUUUGCUGACAGAUAAUGAGAAGUUUGUGGUUUAUUGUGAUGCUUCCAGACAGGGUUUAGGGUGUGUACUAAUGCAAGCUAGUAAGGUUAUAGCCUACGCAUCGAGACAGUUAAAGGAGUAUGAGCAGAGAUAUCCCACGCAUGAUCUGGAAUUGGCAGCGGUGGUAUUCGCACUUAAGAUUUGGAGACAUUAUCUGUAUGGUGAGAAGUGUGAGAUAUACACUGACCAUAAGAGUUUAAAGUAAUUCUUUACUCAGAAGGAUCUGAAUAUGUGCUAGAGACGGUGGCUAGAGGUUGUUAAGGAUUAUGAUUGUGACAUCCUGUACCAUUCUGGGAAGGCUAAUGUAGUUGCUGAUGCAUUGAGUUGGAAGGGCCCAGGACAGUUGUUUAGUUCGAGACAGAUAUAUGAUAAGUUAGCUGAGGAGAUGACUAGAGUGGGUAUAGAGUUGGUGGUCGAUCAGCCAACAUCACUCUUCAGUCUACACUCCUUGAGAGGAUCAAGGAAGCGCAGGGGAAGGAUUCCCAGUUGAGAGGUCAUAGAGAGAACGUCUUAGCCGGAGCGGCUAAGGACUUCUCUAUCUCGGAGAUGGGGUUACUGAAGUACAAGGAUCAGAUCUAUGUUCCGAUGGAUUUUGAUAUCCGGCAGGAGAUCUUAGAUGAACUGCAUACCACUCCCUAUUCCUUACAUCCAGGUACGACGAAGAUGUACCAAGAUUUGAGAGCUUUUUAUUUGUGGUCGGGCAUGAAGAGGGAUGUAGUGGAUUAUGUGGCCAAGUGCUUAACUUGUCAGCAGGUCAAGGCUGAACAUCAGAGGCCAACAGGGUUGCUGCAGCCUCUGGGGAUUACAGAGUGGAAGUGGGAAGAUAUCACCAUGGACUUCGUGGUUGGUUUUCCGAAGACCGUGGGACAGCAUGAUUCGGUGUGGUUGAUUGUGGAUAGGUAUACCAAGUCCGCCCACUUUUUACCUGUCAGGGUGACUUAUACUGUGGAAUAGUAUGUUGAGUUAUAUGUGAAGGAAAUUGUUCGACUUCAUGGGGCUCCGAGGUCGAUAUUAUUUGAUAGGGACUCCACCUUCACCUCUAAGUUUUGGGAGAGUCUGCAGAAGGCUAUGGGUACGCAGUUGCGGUUUAGUACAGCUUAUCAUCCUCAGACAGAUAGACAGUCUGAGAGGACGAUUUAGAUAUUGGAGGACAUGCUACGAGUCUGUGUGUUAGAUUAUGGGGGAUCUUGGAGUAAAUAUUUCCCUCUGAUUGAGUUCUCGUAUAAUAACAGUUAUCAGGCGACUGUCGGAGUGGCUCCAUAUGAGAUACUUUAUGGGAGGAAGUGCAGAUCACCUAUCCAUUGGGAAGAGACGGGUGAGAGGAGUUAUUUGGGUCCUGAGAUGGUUCAGAAGACCAAUGAGGCGAUUGAAAAGAUUAGAGCUCGAAUGCUCGCCUCCCAGAGUCACCAGAAGAGUUAUUCAGACUUGAGACGCAGAAGCGUAGAGUUUCAGGUCGGUGACCAUGUGUUCCUUAGGGUUUCACCUUUGAGGGGAGUGAAACAGUUUGGUGUUUGGAGCAAGCUGAGUCCUAGGUUUGUUGGCCCCUUCGAGAUCCUGGAGCGGGUUGGAGAGGUAGCUUUCAGGUUGGCGAUGCCUCCAACUUUAUCAGGGGUUCAUAAUGUUUUUCACGUAUCCAUGCUCUAGAAGUAUGUAUCAGAUUCGACGCAUGUACUGAGUUGUGAGAAUUUGGAGCUGGACCAGGAUUUGUCUUAUGAGGAGAAGCUGGUUCAGAUUCUUGACCGAAAGAACAAAGUCUUGCGAAGCAAGACCAUCGCCUUGGUGAAAGUGUUGUGGAGGAACAACAAGGUUGAGGAGGCAACGUGGGAACUUGAGUCAGAAAUGCGGGAGUGGUAUCCCGAGUUGUUCAGGUAAUUUCGAGGAUGAAAUUUCUGUAAGGAGGGGAUAGUUGUAACGACCCAAAUUCACUAAUAAGGCUUAGGGCCUUGAUUAGCGUGCCUGGAGGGAAAUAAGUGAUUUAUUGUUAUAAUAUGUGAAUUUGUGUGAGUAUGAGAUUAGAAAUGCAUGCUUAGGUGAAUUAAAUAUGCAUGUGGGUCCCGUUUGGUUAUUAGGGGCAAGUUUGUAAUUUUAGCCCGCUAAGGGCAUAAAUGUGAUAACUGUAAUCAUUGUGAUAUACUUGUGAUAUAUUUGUGUUGCAUGAUCCGAGACAGUCCUAGGGAGCUGUUAGACAGAGAGUCACAACGAGGUCGAAAAUCUGACUCGGGCGAGUCGAGGGGUAUUUCGAGUAUUAGACGUUUUAUGGGGUUAUCGGGUUAUGGAAAUAAAUAUUUGGAGAUAUAUUCGAGGUUAGAAUGUUUAGGAGGGAAUAUUGGGGAAAUUUACCAUUUUGCCCUCGGGGACAUUUUUGGCACCCCGAGCUUUGAGGUAACCUUAAAGACUUAAGUUAAAUAAAAUAGAAUUCAAGAAACACUUAGAAAAUUGGAGAAACCAACCCAAGCUUCUUCUUCUUCUUCUCUCUUUUUCUUUAAACCAUACUAAGGGAAACUUUGAGGAGAUUAAGCUAGGAAACUCGAAAUUCAAGGCUGGAGCUUUGGGGGAUUGAAGCUUGGAACUAAGAAGAUUAGCUCAUAGAUUUAAUUAAACAAAAUUAAGCCUCUAACUUGAUGAAUUAUAUUGGUUUCUACUGAUAUUUUAGAGUAUUGCAUGUGUGUUGGGUGAAGAAUCAUCUUUGAGGUUAAUGAGGUUUUGAGCUAGAAUUCUUGUUAGGUUUUGUUGCUGAGUUCAUGGUAUAACUUCUGUGAUGGUUAACUUGAGUUGUUGGGAUGAUUUUGGGAUAAUUUGGAUGGGUUUUCGUGGCAAAAAUAGAGGAUUUUUUUGGGUUCGAAGGGUCGGGCCGCGGCAUUGUUCUUGCUGAGCUGCGGCCCUUCGAAGCAUUUUGGUGGUCAGGAAGAAGGGCAGGCCGCGACAUGCCCUUGCUUGAGCCGCGGCGGGCCUGCCCUGUUUUGGGGUUGCUCUUUGGUUGGGGGCGGGCCGCGGCUCUUAGUGCAUUUUUGGGAUUUUAAGAGGUUUUAGGCUUGGGAAUUCAAAGGUUAAGGCUCGGGAUGGAUUUUAUCACUCGGAUUGAUAGAAUUCAAGGUCCCGGAGACUAGAAUUAUGACCAAAGUUAUUUAAUGGAUUAGAACUUGAUGGAUGGAUAUUGUUGGUGCGUUGUGACUAGGGUUUCAGCGAGGCUCGGACUAGGGGACUGUGUUCGAGACAUCGGUGCUUGGAAAGCUUAGGACACAGGUAAGAAAACUUCUAUACUCGUAGAGCUUGUGUUCAGGGCAUAACCCUAUAUGUGAUUGUGUUGUAGGGUGUCACGGGCUGACUAUUUGGGUACUCCAAGUAGACGAAACGUGCGGCAAUUGUAGACUCUUCAAGCUAGGAAGUCAGCCUACAACACACACCUACAGGCAAACAAACUUAGUGGUUAGCCACAUACACAUCUCAGACAUGCAACGGGCAAUAACGAAGUAUGAGCAAGCACAAAGCAAGUCAUUCCUAGGAACGUCCACACAACACAAAGAACACAACAAGGCAAGUGGCACGCAAUGGCCCAACGAAGAUAACAAACAAGUAACACAUAGGCAACAAGGAAGCACACAGGGGAAAGUAUGGAUAAAUAUCGGUUUAUUAAUAUAUAGCCUUGAUAGGGCAAGGGAGUACACAGCUUUGGCCCCUAUCUGCUGAUGGCCAUGGUGCUUCCCUAAGUCACCAGGUCACCUCCCCCUAAGGAGCCUUCUAGGGAAAUAAGGUCUUCCCAGGAACAUAUAUGAUUUUUUCUGGGAGACAUAUGCAUAAUUACAAAACUACCACUACCCUAUCCCAUGAGGUUGCUUGGUGCAAGACUUGACUAAUGAUCAAAUACCAAGGCAUGCUCACUUACAAAAUGGCCCCAUGUGGGUGUGCCAAAGGGGAAGCACGCCACACUCUCCCCCACUCAAUUCUUCGGCGUCCUCGACGAAGUAGCUUGUAGAUCUUCAAUCUUCUGCUUAAGCUUCUUCAAGUCUUCUGCCCUCUCCCAGCUGAUCUCGUCAUCUGCGAGCCCCUUCCAUUUUACCAGAUACUCUUUAUGCUUUUACGGUCAGUGGUGACCGUCCUUUCCGCCAGGAUUUCUUCAGGUUGACGCUUGCUCCUUGGCUGAAUGAUGACUCCUCCUCUGGUUGACUGGUUGCGCUUUGGAUUUGCUAGAUCUUCAUGAUACGGCUUCAAGUUGCUGACGUGAAGGACCGGUGUAUCUUCAUCCAUGCUGGUAGGUCGACUUUGUAGGAAGUUAGGCCAACAUUUGAGAUGAUUAAGAUCAAACCCUCGUACUUGCGAACGAGUCUGAUGUCUUUGUCCCCUCAGAAUCUCAAUUGUUCGGGCCUCAGCUUGAUUAACACUAAGUCACCUGCUUUGAACUCCAGUGGUCUGCGCUUCUUAUCUGCCCACUUCUUCAUUCUUCUUGAUGCUUUUUCUAAAUAAGCUUGGGCAAUCUCUGUCGUUUUCUUCCAGUCUUUUGUGAAGUGAAAGGCUUGCGAGUUCCGAUCACGAUAUUCGUCCAUUGUGUGGGGCAACAGUGGCUGCUGUCCAUUAACAACUGCAAAAGGGCUCUUAUUCGAUGAAGAACUCUUUUGAGAGUUGAAGCAAAAUUGAGCUACAUCGAGUAGUUGCGGCCAAUUCUUCUGAUUGGCAUUGACAAAGUGGCGCAAGUACUCCUCCAACAUCUCGUUGAAUCUUUCUGUUUGCCCAUCUGUCUGUGGAUGGUAUCUCAAGGAUAUGUUCAGUUGUGACCCCAAGAGACUGAAUAGUUCAGACCAAAAGGUCUCAGUGAAUCUUCCAUCUCGGUCACUAACAAUGUUCUGGGGCACACCCCAAUAUUUGACAAUAUACUUGAAAAAUUGUCGGGCUAUCUCUUCUACCGAACAGUACUUCGACACUGGGAUGAAUGUUGCGUACUUUGAGAAUCUGUCCACGACCACCAAGAUCGCACUCAAAUCCCCUGUCUUCGGUAUACUGGUGAUAAAGUCAAGCGAAACACUCUCCCAUGGUCGGCUUGGGACUCGCAAGGGCUCCAACAACCCAGGUGUCUUGUUCCUAUCGACCUUGACUUGCUGGUAGACGAGACAGGUCUUGGUGUACUCCACUACAUCUUCUCGCAUUUGUGGCCAGUAGUAUCCCUGCUUCAAGAGGGCAUGGGUUCUCUACCACCCUGGAUGACCUGCCCACAAGGUGUCAUGACACUCGCUUAGUAAUGUCCUCCGCAAAUCUCCAGCUUUCGGAACAUACAAGCGACCCCUUUAGCCGACAGAAGAUCAUCCUCCACCCAGAACUGGUGAGUCUUGCCUUCUUUUACGAGCUUCAGGAUGGUUCUGACAACCGGGUCUUUCUCCAGGUUUUCUUUGAUGCGCUCCUUCAGUGGAGUGUUCACCACACUAACCGACAAACUAGCCAAGAUCUUUAGAGUCGCCAAUUCUGCUUUGCGACUCAAGGCGUCAGCUGCCUGGUUCAAGUGUCCUGGCCUGUGCUCAAAACGGAAGUCGAAUUCUGCCACGAGCUCCUGCCAUCGAUCCUGCUUAGGGGUCAGUUUUGGCUGAGUAAGGAAAUGACUAACAGCUGCAUUAUCCGUCUUCACCACGAACUUUGACCCUAGCAAGUAAUGCCUCCACACUCACAAGCAAUGGAUAACUGCGAGGAGUUCCUUCUCCUGGGCAGUAUACCGCCUCUUAGCUUCAGACAGCUUGCAGCUCUCAUAUGCGAUCGGGUGGUCUUCUUGUACUAGUACCCUUCCCAGAGCAUAAUCUGAGGCAUCUGUCUGUACUUCGAAGGGCUUGCUAACAUUUGGCAAGGAAAGAAUAGGAUCCUUCAUCAUGGCUUCCUUCAAACUCCUGAAUGCUUUGGCACACUUGUCAGUCCACGCCCAAGUCACACCCUUUUUCAAAAGCUCAGUCAAGGGUGUCGCCCUUCUUGAGUAGCCGCCACAAAUCGUCUAUAGUAGUUGGCUAGGCCCAAGAAGGAGCGGAGUUAUUUUGUAACGACCCAAAUUUGCUAAUAGGUCUUAGGGCCUUGAUUAGCGUGCCUGGAGGGCAAUAAAUGAUUUAAUAUGUUAACAUGUGAAUUUAUGUGAGUAUGUGAUAGAGAUGCAUGUUUAGUUGAGUUAAAUGUGCAUGUGGGCCCCGUUUGGAUAUUAGGGGUAUGUUUGUGAUUUUAGCCCAUUGAGGGCGUAAAUGUGAUAAAUAUGAUAUGCAUGUGAUAUAUUUUUGUGUAGCACGAUCCGAGACAGUCCUGGGGAGCGGUUAGCCAGAAAGUCACAACGGGGUUGAGAAUCCAACUCAGGGCGAGUCGAGGGGUACUUUGGGUAUUAGAUGUAUUAUGGGGUUAUCGGGUUAUGGAAAUAAAUAUUUGGAGAUAUAUUUGAGGAUAGAAUGUCUAGGAGGGAAUAUUGGGGAAAAUUUACCAUUUUGCUCUCGGGGACGUUUUGGUACCCCGAGCCUUGAGGUAACCUUAAAGCUUAAGUUAAAUAAAACAAAGUUUAGGAAGCUAUUGGAGACUUAGAAUCCGACAUUCACUUUCCCUUCCCAGCUGAAGAUAGUUUCUAAUCUCUCUCAUUUUCACUCUCUAAGAUAAACUCAAGGAAGCAAGUAAGGGGAAGGAAAUCAGUCAAGAGCUAGAAUUGGGACAAAGCUUGGGAGAUUCUAACCAGAAAACCAGGGCUUGGAGCUUGAGGAAUUGAAGUUGGAACUUAGGGGAAACAACUCUGAAUCAUAACUCAGCAAGGGUAAGCUUUAACUUUGAGAAUUAUGGUUGAUUUCUAUUGAUUUCUUAGGAAAUGCAUGUGAGUAGGAUUUGAUCUGUUCUAGGGUGUUUGGCUGAGUUUUUGGAGCAGGUUUUUGAUAGGUUUUGAUGUUAAAACUGAGUUAGAACCUUUGUGAUGAUAAUCUGGAAUUGCUAGUUUGGUUUUGGGUGAGUUGGUCUGAAGAAAAUGCAGGAAAAGAUGGAGAUUUAUGGGUUUGGAGGUGAGGGUCGCGGCCCUAGGAGGGGCAUGCCGCGACCCGUGUGCGUGCACGGCCAUGGAGGGCCAUGAUGUUUGAUGCGCGUUGCGGCGCUUGGCCAAGUGCGUCGCGGCUCGUGCAUGCUUCAGAGAGGUGCUAGCCUCUAUUUCCAGGCUAGUCGCAAUGCUUGUGGGUAGGGCCGCGACUCUUAGUGUCAGGUUGUGUUUUUAAGUGUGUUUAGGCUUGGGAACUCAAAGGUUAAGGCUUGGGAUGGAUUUUAUCACCCGGAUUGAUGGAAUUCAAUGUCCCGGAGAUUAUAAUUAUGGUUCAAAGUUAUUUAAUGGGUUAGAACUUGAUGGAUGAAUAUUUUUAUGUGUUGUGACUAGGGUUUCGGCGAGGCUCAAGUUAGAGGACUGUGCUCGAGAUAUCGGUGCUCGGAGAGCUCGGGACACAGGUAAGAAAACCUCUGUUUCCAUAGAGCUUGUAUGCAGGGCUGAGCCCAAUAUGUCUGAAUUGCAGGGCGUAGCCUUUGGUUGAAUUUGUUAGUGUUUAGUAUUUGUUUAUUAUGCUAUGAAUGCUAUUGUGUAAAUGUUCGGCAGGAGCCGGGAACGGCGCAGGCCGAGGUCGGCAGGGGCUGGGAACGGCGUUGGGCAUGUUGAGUACAAGGCCGAGUACAGCUAGGGGCCGGGAGCAGCGUUGAGCACGUGGAGUGCGAGACCCUAAAGGAUACCUGAGAUAUCCUCACGGUGUGGACUGCAAACCCAGGGCCUGGUAAAGCGCCUGGGAUGACUUGGCCGUAAGGGUAAGGAGAAAGCCAACCAACCAUGAGUGUAGCAAGCAUGAGCUGGCGUGUACAUGUUUGGCUUGCCUGGCUGCCAUAGCUAGUGGAUUUUGGGAGAUGAUUGUAAUAAAACCUAGAUUUUGUCGUUUAGCCGACUUGGUUGUAUUUAUAUGUUGUAAAUAUUUCUAAACAGUA